AUGGUCAAAAACAUGACUUUGGCCGAGAAAGUCAAUGUGACUACGGGCACUGGCUGGGCCAUGGGGCUCGCGGUCGGGAACACAGGACCAGCUAUCCACGCUGGGUUUCCUUCUUUGGCAAUGCAAGAUGGUCCCCUUGGCAUCAGAUUUGCCGACAAUGCCACUGCAUUCCCAGCUGGAAUAACAGUGGGCGCGACUUGGAACAAGGAACUCAUGUACCAGCGUGGCCGAGCUCACGGAAAAGAAGCACGAGGAAAGGGCAUCAAUGUCUUGCUCGGCCCUUCAGUUGGUCCUUUAGGUCGCAUGCCUGCCGGCGGCCGCAAUUGGGAAGGAUUUGGGCCGGACCCGUAUCUUCAAGGCAUUGCGGCAGCAGAGACGAUCCGCGGUAUUCAAGGUGAAGGAGUCAUGGCCACCAUCAAACAUUUCGUGGCCAACGAACAGGAACAUUUUCGUCAACCCUGGGCCUGGGGCUUACCAAAUGCGCUAUCGUCUAACGUUGACGAUAGAACAAUGCAUGAGCUGUACGCCUGGCCUUUUGCCAAUGCCGUAAAAGCCGGCGUUGCCAGCGUCAUGUGCUCUUACAACAUGGUCAACAACUCGUAUGCGUGUGGCAACUCGAAGUUGCUUAACGGAAUUCUAAAAGACGAACUUGGCUUCCAGGGCUUCGUCAUGUCUGACUGGCUUGCGCAACAAUCCGGCGUCGCAAGCGCACUCGCAGGACUCGACAUGUCAAUGCCGGGCGAUGGACUAGGCUGGACGGACGGCAAGUCACUCUGGGGACCACACCUAUCACGAGCCGUUCUCAAUGGCUCUUUGCCCACUUCUCGCCUGGAUGAUAUGACUGUGCGCAUUGUCGCGUCCUGGUAUCAGCUCGGUCAAGACGACCCGUCCCGUUUCGACGGAAAUGGUCCCAACUUCUCAUCAUGGACCAAUCACAAAAUGGGACUGAUCAGUGACGGAAGUUCCUCUCCGCAGGAUAAGGUCGAAGUGAACCAAUACGUCAAUGUACAGCAAAACCACUCCAUUGUGGCACGAGAGGUUGCUAUCGAGGGUACUGUGCUUCUCAAGAAUACCGGUAUUCUACCACUGUCACCUUCCGGGCUCCGCUCGGAAACGGAACAGAAAGCAGAUGGCAAGACGAAUAUUGGAAUUUUUGGCGACGAUGCAGGACCAGGCCUAGGUCCGAACUUUUGCGCCGAUCGAGGUUGCAAUGAAGGAACGCUGGGCUCUGGAUGGGGCAGCGGAGCUGUUGAGUUCCCCUACCUAGUGACGCCGGAGUCUGCCCUCAGCAAAGCAUUUGACUCUAAUGCUGUCAAUAUUUCCUCGUCUUUAUUGAACAAAAAACCAAGCAGAGCGCUGCUUCAGGCCAUGGAUGUUUGUAUUGUGUUUGCCAACGCUGACGGCGGCGAGGGUUAUCUCAAGUGGAAGUCGGUGGCAGGUGAUCGAAACGACCUAUUCCUUCAGAAAGAGGGAGACGACCUUGUCCUCGCUGUUGCGGAGGGCUGUGGCGGCGGAAAGGGCAAAACCAUUGUCGUUGUCCAUGCCGUCGGGCCCGUCGUGAUGGAACGCUGGAUUGACCACCCUGGGGUUGGCGCCGCCCUCGCUGCGAAUUUACCAGGACAAGAGAGCGGCAACGCCAUCUCGGCAAUCAUGUUUGGUGAUGUUUCACCAAGCGGUAGACUCCCCUAUACCAUUGGAAAGACUCUGGAAGACUAUGGCCCUGGAGGUAAAGUCAUGUACACCCCGAGUAGCCUAGUCCCGCAACAAGAUUUUACAGAAGGCGUCUACAUCGACUACCGCCACUUCGACAAGCACAACAUCAAGCCGCGUUUCGAGUUUGGCUUUGGGCUGUCCUAUACAACUUUUAAUUACAGCAAUUUGCUGAUCACGGAAGUCAAGACAAAGUCAAAACUCGCCGGGGAACGACCUGCCGGCGAGGCGACACCGCCAGAAUUCGAGGACAAGAUUCCAGACAUCAGCGAAGCCCUCUUCCCUGCUCAGAUCCGCAAGCUGAAAAAAUACAUUUACCCAUACAUUGCAUCAGAGUCGGAAAUUAAGCCUGGAGACUAUCCUUAUCCGGAUGGGUACGAUGUAGAGCAGCCUCUAUCCGCCGCAGGAGGUGGAGAAGGCGGUCAUCCGGAUCUCUGGGAGACGCACGUAUCUGUCCGAGCUGAUGUUGGCAACGAAGGCGCUGUCGAAGGAAAGGCUGUGCCUCAAGUCUAUGUCUCAUUUCCUGAUACGAAAGGAGUGGACUUUCCCGUCCGUGUGCUGCGUGGAUUUGAAAAGGUUCGCCUGUCACCGGGACAGUCUCGAUCGGUCGAGUUCAACUUGACGCGAAGAGACCUGAGCUACUGGGACACGACGCUGCAGAACUGGGUCAUGCCCGAGGGUGAGUUUUCUAUUGCAGUUGGCGCCAGUUCGAGGGAUAUCAAGCUGUCAGGUGCGUGGUGA